GGGCGGAGGAGAGGGCGGCGUGCCGGAGGCUGAUGACAGCGGCAAGCUCCGCCCAGCGGCUGCUCCGGGAGGAGGCAGGGAGCCGCGCCGCAGCCCGCAACCCGGACGCGCUCGGCCGCCCCAGCCCGGCAGCAUGGUGCAGAUCGUGACGGUCCGGACCCAGGCCUACGCCGACCAGAAGCCCGGCACCAGCGGGCUCCGCAAGCGGGUCCGGGUGUUCCAGGACAAGGCGCACUACGCCGAGAACUUCAUCCAGAGCAUCCUGGCCACGGUGCCGCCGGCCGAGCGGCAGGAGGCCGCGCUGGUGGUGGGGGGCGACGGCCGCUUCUACAUGACCGAGGCCAUCCAGCUGAUCAUCCGGAUCGCCGCCGCCAACGGGAUUGGUCGUUUAGUGAUUGGACAUAAUGGAAUUCUCUCCACCCCAGCGGUUUCCUGUAUUAUUAGAAAAAUCAAAGCCAUUGGUGGCAUCAUUUUGACAGCCAGUCACAACCCUGGUGGCCCAAAUGGAGACUUCGGAAUUAAAUUUAAUAUUUCCAAUGGAGGUCCUGCUCCUGAAGGUAUUACUGAUAAAAUUUUCCAAAUUAGCAAGACUAUUGAAGAGUAUGCUAUCUGCCCAGAUCUGAAGGUGGACCUUGGUACCAUUGGAAAGCAGCAAUUUGACUUGGAGAACAAGUUUAAACCAUUUACAGUUGAAAUUGUGGACUCGGUGGAAGCUUAUGCGAACAUGUUGAGGAACAUCUUUGAUUUCAGUGCGCUAAAAGAACUACUUUCAGGACAAAACCACCUAAAGAUUCGCAUAGAUGCUAUGCAUGGAGUUAUGGGCCCCUAUGUGAAGAAGAUCCUGUGUGAGGAGCUUGGAGCUCCUGCAAAUUCUGCUGUGAACUGUAUACCUUUAGAGGACUUCGGUGGCCACCACCCAGACCCAAACUUAACCUAUGCUGCUGACUUGGUCCAGUCUAUGAAGACAGGAGAGUAUGACUUUGGAGCUGCCUUUGAUGGAGAUGGGGAUCGGAACAUGAUUCUAGGGAAGCAUGGGUUCUUUGUUAACCCUUCGGACUCUGUUGCUGUCAUCGCUGCCAAUAUUUUCAGUAUUCCUUACUUUCAGCACACCGGCGUUCGUGGUUUCGCGCGAAGCAUGCCUACCAGUGGAGCAAUUGAUAGGGUGGCCAAAGCUACAAAGAUCGCUUUGUUUGAAACUCCAACUGGCUGGAAGUUCUUUGGAAACUUAAUGGAUGCAAACAAACUGUCUCUGUGUGGAGAGGAAAGUUUUGGUACUGGCUCUGAUCAUAUCCGUGAAAAGGACGGGCUGUGGGCUGUCCUGGCGUGGCUGUCUAUAAUAGCUGUCCGCAAACAGAGCGUGGAGGACAUCCUGAAAGAUCACUGGCAGAAAUAUGGGCGGAACUUCUUCACAAGAUAUGACUAUGAGGAAGUGGACGCAGACGGAGCUAACAAAAUGAUGAAGGAUCUAGAAACCAUGAUGUUCGACCGUUCCUUUGUGGGGAAGCAGCUGUCAGGUGGUGAUAAAGUUUACACUGUUGAGAAAGCCGAUAACUUUGAAUACAGCGAUCCUGUGGAUGGAAGCAUCUCCAGAAACCAGAACACAGGCAGCGCUGCAGCAGCUGUCAGAGAGCAGCGAUAGCUAAGGACUGAAUUCCAGCAUUUUAAAGUCAAGGAGCUACUGAAUAUAUACAAGAUGAGUUACCCGGUACUAUAAGUUAUUUAAAUAAAAUUGUCCUGUAGAUGGAUCUGGUUUGCAGCAUACCGGGGAAAGAGGCAUACUAACUGGAAAGGAAUAAUGGACAAAGGCACUGAGAAUUGUUACUUUGCAUUUAAAAUGUUUGAAUUAUUUUCUUUAAAUGGAGUUUGCCCAGAAGUGCAGUGGUAGCAUGACAGGCUGGUAUGCAGAGAAUCAGAGUUGGUCUCUUGCUCCCAAGCCAGUAAUAGGACUCGGGUCUUCAUGAUACUUUGGAUUCAAAAGCUGUCAUAAUCUAGGAAAUGCUCAAGUGUGGCUCAGGAGGGACACAUAGUCAGUCGGGGUAAGAGGAACAAACAGGGUGCUAUUGGCAACUUCUGUUGCCCUCUGAUGAAGAAUGACCGGAGAAAUGACAUGACAGGUUUGCUGGAAGGUACAUCAGGUAUUUGAAGAGGCAGAUAAAUGAGUGUGUAUUAAUUUUGUUCUCAUUUGCA